ACCAAGUCAUUGACGUCGCUAAACGCUGACGGACCAAACAUUUCAGUCAAUAACGAGGAGGAUUCAACGGAGAAAGAAUGUCCAAUAACAACAAGUCGAAGUUAACUUAUGUCAUAACUGGAGGAUGCGGUUUUCUGGGGCAGCACCUGUUGAGGGUUUUGCUGGAGAAGGAAAAAAAUGUCAAGGAGAUCAGGCUUUUCGACAAAAACGUUUUCCCAAGUCUUCAGAGUGAGAGUACAGAGGAUGUGAAAGUGGUCAUCAUACAGGGAGAUAUAACAAAAUAUGAGGAUGUACGCAAUGCAUUCCUGGGAGCAGACCUGGUUUUCCAUGCCGCAAGUUUGGUUGAUGUGUGGUAUAAAAUUCCAGAGAAGGUCAUCUUUGCUGUCAAUGUACAAGGGACGGAGAAUGCUAUAAAAGCCUGUGUAGAAAUCGGUAUUCAGUAUUUGGUCUACACAAGCUCCAUGGAGGUGGUUGGUCCAAAUGUAAAGGGAGAUGAAUUUGUCAGAGGGAAUGAGGAUACUCCAUAUAAUAUAUUCCAUGAGAUGCCCUACCCUAAAUCCAAAGCUGCAGCUGAGAAAAUUGUGCUGGAAGCCAAUGGCACAAAGGUCGAGGGAGGGAACAUUCUCUACACAUGCUGUCUGCGGCCAACAGGAAUCUAUGGGGAACAGCAUCAGCUGAUGAAGGACUUCUAUCUGAACAGUGUCCGUAAUGGCGGUUGGGUGAUGAGAGGAGUUCCUCCUCAUACGGAGCAUGGACGCGUCUAUGCAGGUAAUGUGGCGUGGAUGCAUUUACUAGCAGCACGUGCUCUGCAGGAACAUCCCAAUCGGCUGGGUGGCGAAUGUUAUUUCUGCUAUGAUGACUCGCCAUACAAGCCCUACGAUGAAUUCAACAUGCAGUUUCUGUCAGCCUUCAACUUUCGCUCGCUUCGCCUGCCAGUGUGGAUGCUGUGGAUCAUAGCAUGGAUGAACGACAUGGUCCGCUGGGUCCUGAAGCCCAUCUACAACUACACACCACUGCUCAACAAAUACACACUGGCUGUGGCCUGCACAUCCUUCACCGUCAGCACAGACAAGGCUUUUCGGCACUUUCAGUACCAGCCGCUCUACAGCUGGCAGCAGUGCCUGUCUCGUACGCAGAGCUGGGUCAACACUUUCCCAUUUGAAACCAGCACUAAAGACAAAUAGCAGGCUUGAUGAGCAUCUGUGCAUAUAUAUUAAAGAGUAGAUUGCUUGAAUGUCUUAGGGCAGUAUUCAUUUUGUGAUCUUUAAAUUAAGCACACGAACAAGAAGCAUCUUAAUCAGUUUACGAUUGGUUUCGAUGAAUCCAGAAAUCAUUUCAGAUGUGUUCUUACCCUCUGGAGGCAUGAUCUGUACAUACAAGCACUUGUUGCACAUCUAAGACUAUUUUAAUAGCGACCUAGCAAUAAAUACAAGCAGUUAGCUAAAGUCUAUAAGCUGAAUGUACUUUAUCAGUUAUAAAGUGUUAUAAUCCACCACGUUUACUACAUUAUACUUGUCUUUUAUUUUUAUUCUUAUUCUUAUUAUUAUUAUUAUUACACAAUGUUCCAAGUUUAUCAUUUACAAACGAUUGUUUUGAUGACCACAAGCUUUUAACUUGUUAAUUGUCUUAAAUAUUUAAUUGUUCAUGAUGUGGAUCAUUUGUGUUUAACAAAUGCAAAACAAAUUAAACUAUUAUAUAUAA